UUUUUGACUUAGCAAUCAUUCAAGAACGCCAAGAAUGAGUGAUCACAGCCACCACCAGCAUCCUCCCAAUGAUGUUCCUCCUCGGCAGCAGCCUCCUCAAGGUUAUCCACCACCAAAUGACGGAUAUCCCAACAACAUUUAUCCGCCGCCGCCGCCACCACCUGAAGGACAUUCCAAAGACGCUCAUCUGCCACCUGCAUAUCCCCCACAAGGAAAUUCAUGGGACGUUUAUCCCCCACCAGGACAAGGACAAGAACAAUCACGCGAUGUUUAUCCCCCGCAAGAAAAAUCAAGCGACAUUUAUCCCCCACAAGAACAAUCAAGCAAUGUUUAUCCCACACGAGGACAAGGACAAGGACAAGAGCAAUCGAAGGACAUUUAUUCCCCACAAGCACAAGGACAAGAACAAUCGAGGGGCAUUUAUCCCCCCCAAGGACAAGGACAAGAACAAUCAAGUGACUUUUAUCCCCCACAAGCACAAGGAAAAGAACAAUCGAGGGACGUGUAUUCCCCACAAGGACAAGGACAAGGACAUUCUCCACAUCGUGGGUAUCCUCCUCCGGGCUAUCCUCCUCAAGGUUCUCCACCUCCUGGAUAUCCUCCUCAAGGUUAUCCUUAUCCUCCCCAAGGCUAUCCUCCCCCGGGCUAUCCUCCUCCCGGAUAUCCUCCCCAUGGAUUUCCUCCUCCUGGAUAUCCCCCACAUUACCAUCCACCGCCUCCCCAUCAUCAACCAAAUCCUAGUACCAGUAGCAUGGGUUGUCUAAAUGGCUGGGAAGCCAAAGGGGAUAUGGAGUUCGUGCUUUGGCCAUUUGGCUUUUAUGUAGUGAUCUUAUUUUUUUAAUUAGGAAAUUUUGAUUUCUAUUAAGGAAACGUAUGAAGUGGUCUUUAAUUUUUUUUUACGACAUUUCUUAUUGAGAUGGGUGAUAAUAUACUAAACUCACACAUACUACAAGGAUGUUAGGACUCGAACCCAAAACCUUACAUGGGGGAACAAUUGCUCCAAACCACUAUACUAAUGAGUCCUUUAC